AUGGCAGACAGGCUUCGGACGAUUUCCCAUCACAUCAAGAUCGGCCAGACAGCAGAUCGAGGAGACCUUCUCCUGCAGCCCCAGCCCACAGCAGCAGGAAAUCUGCCAGUGUUUCCGAACAAACCAGACGAUAUUGUCAUUGUUUCCGCGCUUCGGACACCUUUUGGGAAGGCGAAAAGAGGCGCAUUGAAAGACACACUAGCUGAUGACCUGCUGGCUGUUGUGUUUAAAGCUGUCAUCGAUGAGUCAAAAAUUAACCCUGCAGAUAUUGGAGAUAUCUGUGUUGGGAAUGUUCUCGAUCCACAAUCAGCCACUACAGCCAGACUAGCACAGUUCUACAGUGGAAUCCCAGAGAGUGUUCCUGUGUUCACAACCAAUCGACAGUGUUCUUCAGGCUUAGUGGCUUUCACAAAUGUGGCAGGAAACAUUAAAAAUGGAGUCUAUGAAAUUGGGAUAGCUGGAGGGGUGGAGUCCAUGAGUACUUAUGGAAUGGGACUGAAUGGUUAUGUGCUGAAUCCACGGAUAGGCGAAAGUCAGCUAACACAGGAUGUUCUUAUGCCAAUGGGCAUCACUUCUGAGAAUGUGGCUGAGCGGUUUGGGGUGUCCAGGGAGGACCAGGAUGAGUUUGCUCUCAGCUCCCAAGUCAAAGCCAAGAAAGCUGCAGACUCAGGGCUAUUUGAUGCCGAAAUUGUUCCGGUCACGACCAGGGUCAAGGAUGAGAAUGGGCAAGAGAAAACUGUCACUGUGAGCAAAGAUGAAGGUAUUCGCCCAACAACACUAGAAGGCUUGAGGAAACUGAAACCAGCAUUCAAAGCUAAUGGAACCACAACAGCAGGUAAUUCAAGCCAAAUAAGCGAUGGUGCUGCAGCAGUAUUAUUAAUGACUCGACGAGAGGCUGAGCGCAGGCAGCUGCCUAUUCUGGGCAUAUUUCGGUCAUUUGCUGUCAAAGGUUGCCCGCCAGAUAUUAUGGGCAUUGGACCAGCUGUUGCAAUUCCUCUAGCCUUGCAAAACGCAGGUCUAAAAGUGAAUGACAUUGAUAUCUAUGAAAUCAAUGAAGCCUUUGCUAGCCAGGCUUUGUAUAGUGUGCGGAAAGUGGGCAUCCCAGUUGAACGUGUGAAUCCAAAAGGUGGAGCUAUUGCAUUGGGCCAUCCCUUGGGUUGCACAGGAGCUCGGCAGAUUGCCACUCUACUUCAUGAGCUGAAACGAAGGGGACCCAGAGCUUUCGGUGUGGUGUCCAUGUGUAUUGGGACUGGAAUGGGAGCGGCUGCAGUGUUUGAGUACCCAGGAUCUGCAUGA